CGGAGAUCGCGAGCAUUUGCAAACCCUGCACAUGCCAACGCGGGGCCGGCCGGCCCGAUGCACGCCGCUAAUAUACGGUCUUUCGAUUCGCUGCGAGCUGUGUAGGCCGAAGCCAGAGCCCGUCUCAAAAAGUACCAAGCUUGACUGGGGAAUUCUGCCGCUCAUUCAACAUUUUAUGAAACAGCACUGUCAUUAGUUUACAAUGAAGUAUCUUCAAAUUGCAACUGCUUGUUUCCUACUUGUGGCAUUUACUGCCGCAAAACCGUCGAAGUCGUCGAUCAAUCCAGACUUGAUCAACGCGAAGGUUGAGCGAACAGUCGACGUGGCCUCCCAGCUCGUGAAGAUCUCAGCUGUAGUGACUUUUGAAAAUACAGGCAAAUCGUCAGCAGGGUUUUUCGUCUUUGCUCUUGAUUCAGCUCUGGUCGACAACCUUGCCUUCCUUGGUGCUACUACGGGAUCUGGAGAUGAACAUAAUUCCCUGUCCAUAGCAGAAACAGCUGUUGAAGGAAAACCGGGAGGUGCAUUCUACAGUGUGAAGUUGGACUCUCCAUUGGCAGGUGGUGCAUCAGUAGAUGUGAGCAUAGAAUCUGUAUUCACUCACACACUCAGGCCGUAUCCAGCUAAGAUCACUCAGAGUGAGAAACAGUUCGUUGAAUUCACUGGCAAUGCAUACUUUCUGACACCAUAUGCAACAAAGACACAGACAACAAAGGUGAUAAUUUCUUCCAGCAAUGUGGAGUCUUUUAGCAAGGUUAAUCCAGUUUCCCAUAAUGAAGACGUCAUCACAUAUGGUCCUUACGAUGAUGUUGCACCAAUGAGUGAGGCUGAAUUGAAGGUGCACUAUGAGAAUAAUUCACCUUUCUUGACUGUGACUUCUAUGACUCGUGUUAUUGAAGUAUCUCAUUGGGGUAACAUUGCAGUAGAAGAGACUGUAGAUGUUAGUCAUACAGGAGCUAUACUCAAAGGAUCUUUCUCAAGAUAUGACUACCAGAGAACACAAGAUGGAUUCUCCUCUGUCAAGUCAUACAAGACCAUCUUGCCAGCUGCCGCCCGUGAUAUCUAUUACCGUGAUGAAAUUGGUAACAUUUCUACCAGUAAUAUGGUGGAGCAUGAUGACUAUGUAGAGUUGGAGCUGAGACCUCGAUUUCCUUUGUUCGGUGGAUGGAAGACUCACUACUAUAUUGGGUACAAUCUGCCAAGUUAUGAAUAUCUUUACAGUUCAGGAGAUCAAUAUAUUCUGAAGAUGCGUUUCUUGGAUCACAUCUAUGAUGACAUGAAUGUUGAUGAAGUUGUCCUGAAGAUCAUCCUCCCAGAAGGGUCCAAGAAUCUUGAACUGGUGACCCCAUACCCUGUAAAGCGUGGAGCUGAUGAGAAACACUUUACCUAUCUUGAUACCAUUGGACGACCUGUUGUUGUUGCAUCUAAGAACAAACUGGUGGAACAGCACAUCACAGACUUUGAACUUCAUUACACAUUCCAGAAACUACUUCUGCUUCAGGAACCUCUGUUAGUAGUUGGGGCCUUCUAUCUUCUAUUUGUCACCAUUAUUGUUCUUGUCCGCAUGGAUUUCUCCAUCUCAAAGGAUGAAGUAUCCGAAUCUCGCAUGAAGGUUGCAGGUCUAGUAGAGGAGGUUGCAUCCCAACAAGCCAAACGUAGUCGUCUCACCAAGCGUUAUGAAGAUGCCAUCUUUAAGUAUAAGUCUAACAAGGAUGCUAACGGAUUCCGUGGCACCUUGAAGAAGAUUGAGAGUGAAUAUCGUUCAGCUACUGAUACCAUCAAGGACUUGGCUACCACUAUCAGCAAGGAGAAUGCUGAUGUAGGAGAUAAGGUGAACGAGGUACAGAAGUUGAGCCGUCAGCAUAAGGAGCUGAUCCAAGCAGCCAUUACUAAUGCUGAGAAAGUCAUGGCUGGAAAGUUCUCCAAGAAUCAAUAUGUAGACAUUGACAAGGCUACUACAGCAAAGCGUACUGAGCUUGAAGCCAAGAUAGAGGCUUUGCUUGGCAACCUUUAAAUCACUUAAGAAUCUGUUAGAGUGACUUAAUAGUUGAUGUAAUUGUAACAAAGUCUUUUUUUUUUUAAGAGAACUCUCCAUGAAUUGCUUUGUUUGUAUUUGAAAUGUUUCUUAUUUCAGGCAGCAGUAGUAUGUAGAUUUUUUUUGGUUCAUCCACAAUAUCAUGUAGAUAGAAGGGGUGAUGGUAAAUAAAUUACUUUAUUGAAGGUAUAUUGACAUCUUUGAAACUACUCUUUGUUUAUAAUAAACAUACAAGUAGACAAUAACAAACAAACCAAAACAAAAUUGCUGGUUGUGAUGUGCUAAAAAGAUAAUGUGGGAUCUUUAAACCUAUGAAUAUUGAUCAUGUGGGAUAGGAUUGCCAGCCAAGAAAAAGAAAAGUCGUAUGGCUUAUAGAGCAGUGUAGGAUCAAAACAUCCUAGUUUCAGUUACCAUGUUACAUCAAAGCCAGAUUUUAUCUUAUGAAAUUUGAUUUAUAUAUUAAUCAAACUUCUUACAAUUUCUCUCUUGUUUAUGGAGGGGGUGACUCAUGGAGAAAUUAUUUUGUGACAUAUUUCUAAACAAAUUUUGGUGGAUCCUUCAUUAAAGAAAUAUUUGAAUAUUAUGCUGAACUAUUCACAGUUACUUGAGCAAUAGUUUGCGAUCAUUUGGUUACAAUAUAUGUUGCACAGAAUCACAGCGGUUGUAAGCAGUGGCACCACCAAUUGUGAAAGGGGCUUUAAGUGUGCAUUGUUGAAAAUAAUGUCUAGUACCUGAAUUAACUAAGCAUCAUGGUUUCUUGAAAUCUGUGCAUAAUGUUCAUAAAUGAUUGUUUUGUCAAUUACUGCUUAAAUAAAUGCUCAUAGUUGUAUUGGUA